GAGAGAAAGACAAGUUUAAAAGCAAAAGUAAAAAACACAGAAAAAAGCUAUUACACGUGAUAAAGAAACUACCAAAAGUGCUUUGCAUGCGUCUAUAACUUCAUCAUAUCACCCAUCAUCUUCUCACUCACCCUCUCUUUCCCUUCCAUUUUCUCUAUAUACAUACACCCUUCUACUAUUACACAUACUAGUACUUUACAACAAAACAACUAGAUAUAAUAAUAAUCAAAAGUUUUGAAGUCAAGAUGCCUGUGAGGCAGAUGAAAGAAAGCUCAGAGCAACACAUUGUGAUCAAAACCAAUUUACACAAUUCUAAGAAUGCUUCAGCACCAUCUUCAGAACAAAACCAUACACACACUUCACUUCAACCAAGGAACAAAGGAAGAAGAAGAGGAAGAGGUGGUAGAAAAUCUGAUCAAGAAGAAAUUUUGAUGAGAUCAUGUACUGUAACAACAACAAGUAGUUCUUCCAAUGGAAAUGUUGGUUUUCCUAGUUCAAGCAGGUCUUUGAACUUUGCUACCAGACCUGGAUUUGGAACAGUUGGGACAAAAUGCAUUGUGAAGGCUAAUCACUUCUUUGCACAGUUACCAGACAAGGACUUAAACCAAUAUGAUGUUACUAUUACUCCUGAGGUGUCAUCAAGAACAGUAAACAGAUCCAUUAUAGCUGAGCUUGUGAGAUUGUAUAAAGACUCUGACUUAGGGAUGAGGCUUCCUGCUUAUGAUGGCAGAAAAAGUCUGUACACUGCAGGCCAACUUCCCUUUUCAUCGAAAGAUUUUAUGAUUAAGCUUAUAGAUCAAGAGGAUGGACUUAAUUGCCCCAAAAGGGUAAAAGAGUACAGGGUGGUCAUUAAGUUUGUUGCUAAAGCAAAUUUGCAUCAUUUGGGGAAGUUUCUAGCCGGUAAGCGUGCCGAUGCGCCACAGGAGGCACUUCAAAUUCUUGAUAUUGUACUAAGGGAGCUAUCAACUAAGAGGUAUUGUCCCAUUGGAAGGUCAUUCUUUUCGCCCGAUAUAAGAAAACCACAACGGCUCGGAGAGGGGUUGGAGUCAUGGUGUGGAUUUUACCAGAGUAUAAGGCCUACUCAGAUGGGCCUUUCCCUCAAUAUAGAUAUGGCGUCUGCUGCAUUCAUCGAGCCUCUUCCAGUUGUAGAAUUUGUUGGGCAGCUAUUAGGGAAGGAUGUGCUGUCAAGGCCAUUGUCGGAUGCCGAUCGCAUCAAGGUUAAGAAAGGUCUUAGAGGAGUUAAAGUUGAAGUAACACAUAGAGGAAGUGUAAGAAGAAAAUACCGUGUUUCGGGGUUAACUUCUCAACCAACAAGAGAACUUGUGUUUCCUGUUGAUGAGAAUUCAACUAUGAAGUCGGUAGUUGAAUACUUUCAAGAGAUGUAUGGUUUUACUAUUCAAUAUACUCAUCUUCCUUGCCUUCAAGUAGGCAACCAAAAGAAGGCUAACUACUUACCUAUGGAGGCAUGCAAAAUUGUCGAAGGUCAACGUUAUACAAAAAGAUUAAACGAGAAACAAAUUACUUCUCUUUUGAAAGUUACUUGCCAGAGACCUCGCGAUCGGGAAAACGACAUUUUACAGACCGUUCAACAUAAUGCUUAUGACCAAGAUCCUUAUGCAAAGGAAUUUGGAAUUAACAUCAGUGAGAAACCAGCGUCUGUUGAAGCACGAAUUCUUCCUGCCCCUUGGCUUAAAUAUCACGAAAGUGGGAAAGAAAAGAACUGUUUACCCCAUGUUGGCCAGUGGAAUAUGAUGAAUAAGAAAAUGAUUAACGGAAUGACUGUUAACCGGUGGGCUUGCAUAAAUUUCUCAAGGGGCUUGCAAGAUAGUGUUGCUCGCACUUUUUGUAAUGAUCUCGCUCAUAUGUGUCAAAUAUCUGGCAUGGAAUUUAAUCUAGAGCCUGUUAUCCCCAUCUACAAUGCCAAGCCUGAGCAAGUGGAGAAAGCUUUGAAGCAUGUUUACCAAGUGUCGACAAACAAAACUAAAGGAAAAGAAUUGGAGCUUUUGUUAGCAAUAUUGCCAGACAAUAAUGGUUCUCUUUAUGGUGAUCUCAAACGUAUUUGCGAAACAGACCUUGGUAUAAUUUCACAGUGCUGUCUAACAAAGCAUGUCUUCAAAAUCAGCAAACAGUAUCUGGCUAACGUGUCUCUUAAGAUAAAUGUGAAGAUGGGAGGUAGAAACACUGUUCUUCUAGAUGCUGUUAGCUACAGAAUACCAUUAGUUAGCGACAUACCGACCAUAAUUUUUGGAGCAGAUGUUACGCAUCCUGAAAACGGAGAAGACACUAGCCCCUCAAUAGCAGCUGUUGUAGCAUCCCAAGAUUGGCCUGAAGUAACAAAAUAUGCUGGCUUAGUGUGUGCUCAAGCUCACAGACAGGAACUUAUACAAGAUUUAUACAAAACAUGGCAUGACCCUGUUCGUGGCACUGUUAGUGGCGGCAUGAUAAGAGAUUUACUGAUUUCCUACAGAAAAGCAACGGGACAAAAGCCUCUACGAAUCAUAUUUUACAGGGAUGGUGUAAGUGAAGGACAGUUUUACCAAGUUUUACUCUAUGAGUUGGAUGCAAUCCGGAAGGCAUGUGCUUCCUUAGAACCAAACUAUCAGCCUCCAGUAACUUUCAUCAUUGUACAAAAACGACACCAUACUCGGUUAUUUCCAAACAACCAUAGGGACAGGAGUAGCACAGAUAAGAGUGGAAAUAUAUUGCCCGGGACUGUUGUCGACACCAAAAUUUGUCAUCCGACAGAGUUUGAUUUUUAUCUCUGCAGUCACGCCGGCAUCCAGGGUACAAGUCGGCCAGCUCAUUACCAUGUCCUAUGGGACGAAAACAAUUUCACAGCAGAUGGAAUUCAAUCUUUGACAAACAAUCUUUGUUAUACGUAUGCUAGGUGCACACGAUCCGUAUCCAUUGUUCCUCCAGCAUAUUAUGCUCAUUUAGCAGCUUUUCGAGCAAGAUUCUAUAUGGAACCAGAGAUGCAAGAGAAUGGCUCUACAGCGGAUGGUGGCAAUUCUAGCCAUAGUUCCAAAGGAACAACAACAAGAGCAGCUGGAGAAUGUGGUGUGAAGCCAUUACCAGCUUUGAAAGAUAAUGUUAAGAGAGUGAUGUUUUACUGUUAGACUCCUUUAGUUUACAUUGUACAAAAAAGUAUUCUAUGUUAAUCUUCAUUGUAGAAAUUUCUUCUGAAAAGCCUUUACAACCAUGAUUAAUCUGCAGCAUAGCUGAAAGAAAAUGAAUCAAGUAAUUGUAA